UUCGCAUUCAAGUAGGUAGGUAUUAACCAACUCGUGAAAUUAAAACUCUUCGUAACUCAUUUAAAUUUUGGUCUUCGAAUCGUCGCGACAAUCUUUUCGACAUUCGUUCCGGAUCUGAAAAAUGAUCACGAUGUGGUAUUUUCGACUCAUAUUAUGCUUCGUAUUCUCCUCGAGUAAUAUUUUACUAGUCAAAGGCUCAUCGGCGCCAUUUAAUAGUUUUCCUUUGGAACAAAUCAGAUUGCAAGAUGGACAACAACCUGAUCAGUCAGCAAACUCUAGGGAUAUCUACAGAUUAACCGAUGAAGUAAUACCGACAAAUUACGAGCUCAGGAUAGCACCAGAUUUGGAGAAGUUCACCUUCGUUGGUAAAGUAGAAAUCACGAUUUAUGUGAAAUUCACCACUAGUAAAAUCAUCCUACAUAGUAAGAAACUCACCAUCAAAAGUAUCAGAGUAUUGAAAACUGAUUCGACUAAGACACCUGUUACUAAUACGCAUGGGUUUGAUGAGACUAAUGAUUUGCUGGUUGUGGAAACCUCGCAAGAUUUGGAUUUUGGAAACGAGUAUAGUCUUAUUAUCGAGUUUCAAGGUGAUAUUGGUCAGGAUGUGGUAGGAUUUUAUCGCAGUUCGUACACCGCAGAUGAUAAAGAAACCUGGAUGGUGACAACUCAAUUCGAACCAAACCACGCUCGCGAGGCAUUCCCCUGCUUCGACGAACCACGCUUCAGAGCCCCUUUCACCAUUUACCUGGCUCGCACCACGACUCAAAUCGCCGUAAGCAACAUGCCUUGGGAAAGUCAGCUACCAUCGGACUCAGUCAGCGGUACGAAUAAAAUAUGGGAAAAAUUCCGAAAAUCGCCUGCAAUGCCUACUUAUUUAGUGGCGUUUUCGGUAUCGGAUUUCACGUAUAUGGCCAAUUCCGAGAACACUAUACGAAUAAUAGCGAGAAAAAAUCCCAUACAACAAAGUCAAGGCUCUUAUGCAUUGAAACAAAGUGCCAGAAUACUCAAACAGUUGGAAGGAUAUACUGGUAUAAAGUAUAAGUUACCUAAAAUCGAUGUCGUAGCUGUGCCAGAUUUCGGUGCUGGUGGUAUGGAAAAUUGGGGAAUGGUCACCUUCAAGGAACGUUUCGUAUUAACGGAUGAGUCUACCAGCAGUGCUCAACAUAGGCACAAAAUUACCCAACUUAUAAGUCACGAAUUUGCUCAUCAGUGGUUUGGAAACUUGGUUACACCUGCGUGGUACAAUUACCUUUGGCUCAAAGAAGGAUUUGCUACGUAUUUCGAGACAUUUACUUCAGCUGCGAUCGAACCAACAUGGAGCCUAGAUCAACUUUACGUCAUCGAAUUCGUGCAAGAAUCUUUAUGGCAAGAAGUGACCUCGCAAAGGGCAAUGACGACAAAUGUUCGAAAAUCUAAUCAACUCGACAGCAUAUUUGAUAUCAUCAGUUAUGAAAAAGCUGGUUCCAUAAUCAGAAUGUUCGAGCAUAUGGUAACACCGAAUAUAUUCAGAGCCGCGUUACAUCGGUUUCUCAGCGACGGAGAAAAAACUUACGAAGGAGUAGUCGUCGAAAAAAAUCUCUUGGAUGCGUUCAACACCGAGAUGCAACGUUCUUCCACUCGCCUUCCUUCUCGUGUCACAGCUUCUGAUAUAAUGAGAACCUGGUCUGAAAAUAUCGGAUAUCCUUUGAUCAACGUGACUCGAUCUUACGAGCAAGGAACAGCGUCAAUCUAUCAGGUGCCAUAUAAAUCACUAGCAGCUCCGGCUAGUUCACAAAAUCAAAAAUGGAUAGUGCCCUUGACCUAUACCUCGAAAACAUUGCUACAAUUUCAAAAUACACAACCAACUGCUUGGUCAUUCGCUGAUGAGCCAACCGAAUUAAAAUCGCUUACAAACACAGACUGGGUUCUGUUCAAUUUACAACACGCUGGUUACUAUAGAGUGAACUACGAUACCAAGAACUGGAAUUUAUUGAUCGAACAACUGCAACAAGAUCAUCAAAAAAUACAUGUCUUGAAUAGAGCUCAGCUUAUAAGCGAUGCGUAUGCUUUAGCUCAUGACGAAUAUUUAUCCUACCAAGUGGCAUUAAAAUUAACCGAAUAUUUAUCCAAAGAAACCGAUAUGAUUCCUUGGUAUGCGGCCAUCAAAGCAUUCAAUGUACUUCAUUACAAAUUCCCCAGCGCAACUGGAGAUAUAUUCUUUAAAAAACAUUUAUACGACUUGAUGAAAAAAUCUUACGACGCAUUCGGAUAUGAAAUCAAGUCCGCGGAUCCCCACGUUGUGAAGAUAGUAAAACCUCUGUUUCUAAUGCUGGCUUGCCACCUGGGCAUAGAAGACUGCAUUCAAAAAUCACUCGAAGAAUACGAGAAAAACAAAGCCGAUCUAACAAAAAUUCAACCAGAUCUAAAAAGAGUAGUAUAUUGUUUCGCUUUGCGUCACUCCAAAGAACCUUUAACAGUUUUCAAUAAUUUAUGGACCACUUACACCAAAUACGAUAUAUCUUUCGAAAAAACACAAAUUCUCACCGCUCUCCAUUGUGCCACGAACGAAGAAGUUAUCCAAACUGUAAUUUCAAAAGUUAGCGAUCCUCAGAAUAAAGAAAUUCGAAAACAAGAUAAAUCGUAUUUGCUGACUGCGGAACCAGAGGUCGUCAAAGGAACUCUUAAAUUCAUCAUUGGAACACUUAGCCUUACAACCGAACUAAAAGACGAAGAAGUCAAAGCUCUACAAGAAGUGCUAGCUGUGAUCGAAUACGGAAUUAGAACCCAAGACCAAAUCACACAGUUGAAAGACCUAGAAACCAAAUUAACAACGCUCAAUCAAAAGAAAUAUUCGGAAUUGAUUUCGACAAUCAAGAGUAUGCAGUCAGUUGCAGCAGUCAAGAUCAAACGGUUCUCAGAUAAACUAGAUCGAGUACAGAAAGAAUACGUCUUGCAGUCGAGUACCAACACUGACGAUAAAUCGAAAUCAGAUACAAAACCAGCUUCUCCUAAACCUGCCGAUAAACCAAGUUCGGCAGCCUCUAUUUCUAUUCCUAAAUUGGGAUGGAAUUUAUUUGCUGCUGGUUUAGUGCUGUGUUAUUCUUUAUCGAAGUUCAGUAUGUUGUGAUGAUUUGAGAGGACCUUCGAAAAAGUCUUUCUGCUUGUACAUACCUACAUAUUAGGAGUUACCUAUUAAAAAUAUGAAUUAAUUUUAUAACUUCAUAAUAAAUCUUGCGACGACUUAA